AUGAAUGGUUUGUAUAUGAAUGUUUUUGCUUUUGUUUUCUUAGAAACACCUCCAUUAUUUCCAUCUCCGAAGAAACUUUUUUCACUCGUCAAUUUAGCUGCAUUAGGUGUACAUACACUUUUAUAUGGUAGUGAAAUAGAUGCAUGCUCACAAGAUUCAAUUGUUAGUGACCAUAAAAAUUCAAAAACAACAACAAAUCUUAAUAAUGAUAUUGAUUCAAGUAAAAUACAUAAGAAAAAACGAACAUAUGUUGAAAUUAAAGUUGUUUAUGCACAAAAUAUGCUUGAAUUACAUACAACAACUGCUCGAAAAUAUGGAAAAUGGUGGUCACAAUGUUUUUUGACUGGUAUUGAACAGAUUCUAUUAGGUUUUCGUGAUGAUUAUGGAAUUGUUCGUCAAAUUCAACCAUUACUUAUCAAAGAUAUUGAAACACGUGCUCGCACAUGGAGUUCUAGUUCAUUUUUAUCAUUUCUCAAUGAAUUUUGUGCAUUUGUUCGUAAGACAAUAACAAAAGAUUAUUUCGAAGAUGGAAAAACUGUCUAUCUUUUCUAUUUUUCUCCAGAAGAGAAAAAAAUUAAAUGGCGUACUACAACUGAAUCUAUAUACCAGUUUCUACCCGAUUGGUUUAUUUCACAAGAUUUUUCAUCAUCAGAAAUAUUACCAUCUGAAUAUAAACAAUGA